AUGGAGGUUCCCAACUUCGGGGGAGGCGACCCAGCAGAGUUUCGUUGUUUCGAGGCAAUGAUAGAUGGCUGCAUCAAGCCCUUAGUCCACCUCAGCGAGCUACAAAAAUACUUCAUCGUCAGGUCGAAGUUAAGUGGUCAACCCAAGAAGGAUGUCCUCGGGCUUGAGCAUGAUGGUAGCCCCUUCACUAAGGCCAUGUCCACCCUCAAGAAGCUUUAUGGUGAUAUUGGUGUCCUAAUACGUGCCAAGAUUGACCAGAUUACGUCGUGGCCGAGACUGACAGCCAGUGACUCUAAGGGGAUGGUAGAGUUUGCAGCAGCGGUGUCAGCGUUGGUCACGCAACUCAAGAGUGCACCGGAAGGCCAGGCGGAACUGAAUGCCAACUCUACAGCUUGCAUCCUGUACAGUCGCCUGUCACAUACCCAUCAGACGGCCUUUUUGAAGGCUAUGAAGGCCAGAAAUGUCAACAACUUUUCUCUGCUUGACAUCAACAUGUGGCUGCAAGACACGGCGGCCAUAGCCAGAAAGAAGGUGCAGCUCAGCGAGAGUAUUAAGGUUGAACUCCCCCCAACCAACCGGGACCGCCGCAGAAAAGGUGCAGCUGCCUACCACAUGGAACUGGCUGGAAAGACUACCAGCAAUCCGCCAAAGGGCGCAUCUGCCUAUAAGGCUACCCGAAGUGAUGGCAAGAAACCCUUCCGGAAGAGUUGUCCCCACUGCCGGGAAGAACACUGGCUCUCUCGAUGCGACAAAUUCAGCGAUCUCACGAUGGAACAGCGCAUGAAGUGGAUUAAGGCUGACAAACGCUGCUGGCAGUGUGCACGCCUGCACAAAAACGGAAAGGAGUGCGACCUACGCAAGCCUUGUCGCCGAUGCGACAAGAUGCACCUGACCGUUCUCCAUGAUCUGAUGGAGCAACCAGGGUAUGGAGUGUACUAUUCCUCCUUCGACUCAAACCUGUCUGUCUUUUACGGGGAUGGAAACCCUUGGCUACCUGACGUCAGCAUGAAGAUUUUGCCAGUCACGCUCUAUGCCAACGGUCGACAGCUGGAGACGUACUGCUUGUUGGACGAUGCUGCCAACUUCUCCUUGAUGCUUAGCGAAGCUACCGAGGCACUUGGCCUCAAGGGUGAGAGCACCAAGAUGCCAAUUGCAACCGCCAGGGAGGAAUGUACCCCCUGCAAGGGCGUGAUAGUCUCGGUCGAUUUUGCACCAAUCCACGACCAAGAUUCACGCAUCACCAUUUCCAAUGUCUUUUCGUCUUCCAUGUUGAGGCUUUCAGAGCAUUCUGUUCCUGCACGAGAUUUGCAAAGGAGGUGGCCGCAUCUGCGGGGUCUUCCACUGCAGGAAGUCAAGGAGGCACGGCCAUUAUUGCUGAUCGGCAGUGAUCGCCCAGAUCUGAUUGUUCCCAUUGAGAGUCAUUUUGGUCCCGAAGGUGCACCAGUGGCUGUGCGCACCAAACUUGGGUGGGCUGUCCAGGGCCCCAUUCUGAAGUCCAGGCGCAAGAAUGAAGUAAACUUCUUGUCUGUACUACCACCCAUGGAAGCCGACAGAGUUCUCCACGAGAAUGUUUGUAAGAUGUGGCAGCACGAUGCGCAGAUGUAUCUUGAUCGAAAACAAGCCACUCGAUCCAAGCAGGACCAGCGAGCGGUUGAUCUCCUUGAGGCAAAAUCUACCUAUGUAAAUGUAGAUGGAAUUGACCGUGUCGCAACCCCCCUCCUGUGGAGACGUGACAACGAGGUACUUACCUGUCCGGCAAGUGCAGUGUCACCUGCUCUGAAACGGAAUGAGCAACGUCUGCAGAGAGAUCCAGCACUCGCUGUUGAGCACUCCAAGAAAAUCCGGGAACUGAAGGAGGCAGGACUCGUCCGCAUGCAUGCUCACUGCUGA